AUGGCAGAUCUGAAGACAUAUAAAUUCACGGUUGAGAUGACGUGCGAGGGAUGUGUGAACGCCGUGAAGAGGUGUCUGACGAAGGCGUUUGGCGAUAGGCUGUCGUCGGUGGACACGGAUCUGAGCAGCAAAUCGGUGGUUGUGGUGAUCGACAACUCCGCUCAUCACUACUCCCACGACGACGUGUUUGAGGCCAUCAAGAAGUGCGGCAAAGAGGUCCACAAAGUGGACUAA